AUGGAAUCUUGUUUCUUAAGAAAAUAUAGUGCUCUAAUUUCGUUUGGAAAACAAAACUUAAUUUCAUCUAUUUUAAUUAUUUUGAGUGUCGUUUUUAAUCAAACUUGUAUAGUUCUUUUGAUUUUUGCAUUACCAACAAGAGAAGAAGAAUUGAAUUUGAUACCAGAAGAAUAUAAAUAUUAUUUUGAACUUCUUGAAGAUUAUCUAAUAUUUGAAAUUGAUAUCAUGACUAUUACAUUCUUUGCAUCUGUUCCAAUUGGUUCUGCAUUCAUAAUCGGUGUUAUUAUUUUCACAACUUAUAAAAUGUUGAAAGUGUUAUCAAAUUCAAGUUCAACUAACUCAAAUGCAACUAUUAAACGACACAGAGAUGUUUUAAAAAGUUUAAUUGCCCAAUCAUUAACCGUUUUUAUUUUUGUGGUUCCAGUUAUUAUCGUUGUUUUCGCCAUAGCUCUAGAAUUGCCAGCUGCAAAUGGUGGAUAG